CCUUGACAUGGCAACAGUGUCAGAGUGUCAACACGAACCUGCCUGAGAAAGUUUCGCAGCAGCUGUUGGAAAUAUCACAAGGAUGGUGGAUGAAGCAACUAGGAAGACUCUGGCCUCUAUUCCCCUGCUAAGGACGAAGGCCGGCCCCAGAGACAAGGAUGCCUGGGUUGUGCGCUUGAAGGAGGAGUAUCAGGCUCUCAUUAAGUACGUACAGAAUAAUAAAGAAGCGGACAAUGACUGGUUCCGCCUCGAGAGCAACAAAGAAGGCACAAAGUGGUUCGGGAAGUGCUGGUACGUCCAUGAACUUUUGAAGUACGAGUUUGACGUUGAAUUCGAUAUUCCAGUAACGUAUCCAGCAACAGCGCCAGAAACCGACACUGUCAAGCUAGAAGGCAGACAGCAAAAUGUACAGAGCGGAAGAAUUUGCCUCACGGACCACUUAAGCUCUGGGGCGCGCAAUGUCCCCAAAUUCGGCAUUGCCCACGCCAUGGCUCUAGGGCUUGGUCCCUGGUUAGCUGUUGAGAUACCGGACUUGAUCAACAAAGGAAGUGUUGUUUAUCAAGAGAAAAAAGCAUAGGUUGCC